UAUAAAUUCGAUCAGUAUUUGUGGAGAAACUGCGCCGUAAAGCCAUCUUUAGAUUGAAUCUGUUUACGUCUGAGUGCAAAGGAGAAUAGAGAAGAAAUAUUGUUUGUUUGGAAGAAAUGUUGAAGUUUUUGUGGGUGGGAAAAAAACAGUGUUUAGUUUGGGUUGUGUUUUGAGUGUAGAAGAGGAUUCUAAAUGUUUUUAUUUUUAUUUUUUUUUUUUGCUGUGAAAUUAGUGUUUGUUUCGUGAAUUUUAUUUGAAACACGCAUGCAUCCGACGCACAAAAGUCAUAUACAACGAACAUUUCAUAACACAGUCGAAAGCACACAAAAUGGCGGUAAAUAUUAUUGGAACGUUUUAUCAGAUGGAAAACAUCAAACCAAAAAUACUCCUAAAAACACACAGACAGCCACCAGAAACUCUUUUAAAACGUCAUACAUAUAAUUCCAAACUACUCCAAAAAAGAAGAAAAAAAGAAAAGAGAAAAAAAAGAUCAAUUCCCCCCCAAAAAAAAGAAAUCCGCUUCAACAAAAGACAACCAUUUUUAAACGUAAUAAAAAUUUCACUGCACGCAGAAGAUGAACAGAAAAUGGCGCCCGAGUCGGCAAGUAUCGAUCGAUUGUAAAGCAACAGCACCGAAAGCGCACUUGGAUGUUGCACAGAUCCUGCAGGAGAGGGACGGCCUUGUGAGGACACCGUCAACGGGCGUCGCUGUUGGAGGAAACGAAAUUAAAAAACGACUUUCCUUCAAACCUCGCAGGCUAAUGAGACCCCAGGAGACCCCAGGAGACCCCAGGAGACCCCAGGAGACCCCAGGAGACCCCAGGAGACCCCAGGAGACCCCAGAAGACCCCAGGAGACCCCAGGAGACCCCAGGAGACCCCAGGAGACCCCAGGAGACCCCAGAGACCCCAGGAGACCCAAAGACCCGGAGACCCAGAAGACCCCAGGAGACCCCAGGAGACCCACAGGAGACCCCAGGAGACCCCAGGAGACCCCAGGGGACCCAGAGAGACCCCAGGGACCCCAGGAGACCCCAGGGGACCCCUAGGAGACCCCAGAAGACCCCAGGAGACCCCAGGAGACCCAAGAGGAGACCCCAGGGAGACCCCAGAGACCCCAGGAGGACCCAGGAGACCCCAGAGACCCAGGAGACCCCAGAGCCAGAGACCCCAGGAGACCCCAGGAGAGACCCCAGGGACCCUAGGAGACCCCAGGAAGACCCCCAAAGAGACUCAGGAGAGCCCCAGGGGACCCUAGGAGACCCCAGGAGACCCCAGGAGACCCCAGAAGACCCCAGAAGACCUCAGGAGAGACCCCAGGGGACCCUAGGAGACCCCAGGAGACCCCAGGAGACCCCAGAAGACCCCAGAAGACCUCAGGAGAAACCCCAGGGGACCCUAGGAGACCCCAGGAGACCCCAGGAGACCCCAGGAGACCCCAGAAGACCCCAAAAGACCUCAGGAGAGACCCCAGGGGACCCCAGGAGACCCCAGGAGACCCCAGGAGACCCUAGGAGACCCCAGGAGACCCCAGGAGACCCCAGGAGACCCCAGGAGACCCCAAGAGACCCUAGGAGACCCCAGGAGACCCCAGAAGACCUCAGGAGAGACCCCAGGAGACCCCAGGAGACCCCAGGAGACCCCAGGAGACCCCAGGAGACCCAGGAGACCCCAGAGACCCCAGGAGACCCCAGAGACCCCAGAGACCCCAGGAGACCCCAGGAGACCCCAGAAGAACCUCAUAAGGAAGACCCGGACCCUAGGAGACCCAGAGAGACCCAGGAGAAGCCCAAGAAGACCCCAAAGAAGAAAGAGACCCCAGGAGACCCCAGAAGACCCCAAGAGACCCCAGGAGACCCCAGGAGACCCCAGGAGACCCCAGCCUCGAUUCCCGAUAGAGGAUGA